UGUCUCAUAUUGUCAUUGCAAACAGAGAUCUAUUAAUGGGUCUCACCUCCCAACUGAUUCCAACUCUGGUCUGCUUACUAGCACUAACCAGCACUUUCAUCCACGGACAUAACUUCAGUAUUGCCAUUAAGGAGAUCAUCAAAACGUUGAACAUCCUCACAGCGAGAAACGACUCUUGCAUGGAGCUGACCGUCACCGAAGUCUUCACUGCCCCAAAGAACACAAGUGAGAAGGAAAUCUUCUGCAGAGCUGCAACUGUGCUUCAUCAGCUCUCUACACACAAUUGCUCCAACAGAUUGCUCAGAGGACUUCACAGGAACCUCAGGAACAUGGCAAACACGACCUGUUCGGUGAAUGAAGUCAAGAAGAGUACACUGAAAGACUUCUUGGAAAGGCUAAAAGUGAUCAUGCAACAGAAAUACUACAGGCACUGA